UUUUUAGUCCUAUUACUUGGCCUCUCCAACUCUUUUUCUUUCCAGUGUUAAAUCACUUUUUCUCUAUCGUCGAAAGUCUGGUCGAUUCUGGCGUUUCACUGUUGUUCCUUUUAGACUAACGAGAAUUAAAAAAAAAUAAAGCUGCAAAAUUAUUAGGGGAAAAAUGGGCUUUUCUCUUCUGAUCAGAUCAAAUCAGUCUCAACCGUCUGAUUAAUCAGUCAAAAAAAAAAAAAACCUUGUCUUCCUUUAUAAUCCGCUCUCGGCUUUUCCCUCAUUUUCUUCACUGAUUGGUUUCAUUGCGGAUUUUUUCUUUUCAUUUUUUAGCGGCGGAUUUUGAAUUUUUUCGGUAGGGUUUAAAAAUGGUUUUGCUGAGAGAACAUAGUAAAGCCUUGGCGCUUUAGUCUAGCAACUGCCUCUUUUUUUUUUUGUUUCUUUUUUCUUUUUCCAGUAAAUGGGCUGCUUUCAAUCUAAAGUAACAAGACAAUACCCUGGACACGAAGAUCCUAUUAUUCUAGCUUCUCAAACUGCUUUUAGUGUUAGUGAAGUUGAAGCACUCUUUGAGCUAUUCAAGAGCAUAAGCAGUUCUGUGAUUGAUGAUGGGCUGAUCAACAAGGAAGAGUUUCAAUUAGCACUGUUUCAGAAUAGGAAGAAGGAGAACAUUUUCGCAAAUCGGAUCUUUGAUUUAUUUGACGCAAAGAAGAAGGGAGUCAUUGAUUUUGGUGAUUUUGUUCGAGCACUCAAUGUCUUCCAUCCAAAUGUCUCACAAGAGGACAAGAUGAAUUUUGCGUUUAGACUUUAUGACAUGGAUGGAACGGGUUUUAUUGAGCGUAACGAGGUCAAGCAAAUGGUCAUUGCACUGUUAUGUGAAUCUGAAAUGAAGUUAGCUGAUGAAACGAUUGAGGCAAUUCUUGAUAAGACAUUCUUGGAUGCGGACGUUAAUCAGGACGGGAAGAUCGAUAUAUCUGAAUGGAAAAACUUCGUUUCCCGUAACCCAUCACUAUUGAAAAUCAUGACCCUUCCAUACCUCAGGGAUAUAACAACAACAUUUCCUAGCUUUGUUUUCCAUUCUGAGGUUGAUGAGGUUGCCACAUGAUUGGGGGAAGUAUGUGAUGGACUUUAGCAUGUUGAUGUAUGCAUUAGGUUGAGAUACGUUGGUUAUAAGAUUGUUGUGAAUAAAAAUAGGGUAAGAUUUUGUUGAGGCUCAAGCUAUCAAAGAAUGCGAAAGGGAUAGCACAGCUAAAUAUGGAUUAGCAUUGUUAGUUGAUUGUAUAGGAGCUGAAACCUUUUUCAGGUUUUCUUCCAUUUUUAAUUAAUUGAUUUGUAGGGAGUUAAUAUC